GCAAAUGUUGAGAUUGUAUGCAAUCCUAUCAUUAGAGAUCUAAUGUCACAACUAAUGGGUAAUCAAACGCGUGAUAUUCCCAAUCAUUUGAAUCGCAACGAAAGCGAAAUCGAUUCGGCGGUCAAAUCUACUUUGGAGGACGUCCUCAACACCAUUCAAAUGUCAGACAAUAGCACCAGAAAUCAUAUCAUUAGCGAUAUAUGCGAAGAGUCUAUGACUGAGGAGAUGGCGAACCAAAGUAAUCCCAACUUUGAAGACGAUCUGACUUACUAUGAAGCGGAACAGUCUUUCCUUACAUCCCGUCCUAAUGAUGGUGAGGACAGCACUUUACGCCAAAGUGAGUCCAUUACAGAUACUAUGAUUGGAUGGCAAACACCAAACGAUGAGCUCAAUCCGUGUCAAAGAGAUGAUGAAAAUGAGAAUCGCAACGAAAGCGAAAUCGAUUCGGCGGUCAAAUCUGCUUUGGAGGACGUCCUCAACACCAUUCAAAUGUCAGACAAUAGCACCAGAAAUCGUGUCAUAAGCGAUAUAUGCGAGGAGUCUAUGACUGAGGAGAUGGCGAACCAAAGUAAUCCCAACUUUGAAGACGAUCUGACUUACUAUGAAGCGGAACAGUCUUUCCUUACAUCCCGUCCUAAUGAUGGCGAGGACAGCACUUUACGCCAAAGUGAGUCCAUUACAGAUACUAUGAUUGGAUGGCAAACACCAAACGAUGAGUUGAAUCGGUGUCAAAGAGAUGAUGAAAAUGAGAAAGAGUAUUCUCCGAAAUAUCCCCGAAAAGAGACCACCGAUUAUAAGACCAGUGAUCAGGCCUACAAUGACUGGAAGCACAGCCCCAAUCGGAACAAUGAAUACGAUCCAUACGAUUAUUACAAGAGUAUUGGCUCUAAAUAUGACGGUCUGUUGAACCCAUGGAGUGAGAAAAAAGAGCCGAAAUCCAACUCAAACUCCAAGUCAUAUAUUAAUACAUAUCCUUCGCGUCAAUCAGUUCUUCGUAAUUUUGAUCCAUUGGUUGAAAUGAGAAAUAAAUCGUAUGUCGAGAGCCGGAGAGAAACGAAAAUUGAAAACAAUUUGAAUGAGAGCUCAGAUUUGGCGGAUAUGUUGGGAGGCAUCAGACUCUCUGACACCCCAAAGGCCCCACUCAGGAGUAAGAACUCAAAUGCGAGUCCAAAAUUGUUUGAUACGUUUUCUCCGAUUCCUCAAAUGGACGACUACACCACCGAAAGCUAUACCCCUCGAAGCUAUACCAACAACAGCUAUGAGACACAGAAAUCUCAACAAAAGGUGACUGAAUUGGAAGAAAUAGUCAAAGAAUUGGAGGAAAAACUAAGAGAAAAAGAGCACAGAAUUGAAGACAUGAAGGAAACUCUUAUUGAGAAGAACCGCAGAAUUGAGGAAAUGGAGGAAAAUCUCAAAGAGAGUGGAGAGGAGAAAAACCUGAGGUCCAGAAUUGAAGACAUGGAGGAAAAUCUUAGAGCGAAAAACCGUAUGAUUAAAGAAAUGGAGGAAAACCUCAAAGAGAGUGGAGAGGAGAAAAAGCUGAGAUCCAGAAUUGAAGACAUGGAGGAAAAUCUUAGAGCGAAGAACCAUAUGAUUAAGGAAAUGGAGGAACGCAUCAAAGAGAGUGCAGAGGAGAAAAAGUUGAGAUCAAAAAUUGAAGACAUGGAGCAACAGUUGCUGACAUCAAAACAAGAAAACGAUAAACUUUUCAAUUUAGUGAAUGUUUUGCAUAAUAUCAACGAAGACCUGGUGCUCACCUCCUCUUCUGUAUGUAAUUCAAUGGCCGACGAGAAGAAUAAAGUAAUCGAUGAGAAGCUUAAGCUCGAGAAAAGUUUGAAUGAGUAUCAGAUUAUUUGCGACAAAAUGAAGGCUGAAUUCAAGAAUUUAAAGGAGAGCGAAGACUUCUAUAGGAAUCAGUCUAUGAAUGCCAACAACAAGUUACAGGAAUAUGAGAAACACUAUCGAGAGCUCAGUGAUAAAUAUGUGGCACUUGAGAGACAGAAAAUUUCACAGAACGAUAUAAAAGAAAUGGAAAACGAAUUGAUGUCUUAUAGGAUUCAACAGAAGAAGUCUGAAAUGAGAAUCGGUUCUCUCGGUCAACAGUUGGAGCAGAAAAUCAUAGAAAACAAAGAGUUGUCUGAAAUGGUCGACGAACUCAUAGCCAAAGUCCGCAAAUAAAUCAUAUUUUUAGGUAAUUUUUAAUUCACUUCUAUUUUUUUCAAAGAACUCAAUAUUUUAAUCAAUAAUUCAAAUCUCAUUUA